AGCGGGAGCCGUAGCACGAGUGCGCACGUGCAUAGCCCGAGGCCCUGGUGGUACCGGGGUUCCACUCCCUGCAGACUAGCCCUCCCCUUGAGGCCCUGGCCAGGACAUCGUCCAACCUCUCCAAGCCUUAUUUUCCUCAUCCAUAAAAUGGGGCUCAGCCAGAACAAGUCUAUUCCAUCUGCCACAUGACAGCAAUACAUGAAGGGAGCUAUCAUCAUAUUCCCUGACUAUUCUUCACUUCAAGAUCGACACCCACAAUUCCUUCAAACGAUCCUAAGACAAGGAGGCAGUGUCCUUAACCAUCCCGGUUUUCAAUGUUAUCUUCAGAAUCUUCCCAAGACAAUUCAAAUGGAAAUGAUUCAAUUUCCUGGCAUGGUGCUGGAAUACUCUCCAGGUUUCACAGGCAUACAAUAAUGAGUUCUUUCUCUGGAUGCGGAUCUCCCACACUUUUCUUCAGAGCCUUUAAACAUUGAGCUAGCUCUGACAUUUUGUGUCAACCUCCUCAUCUAUGUGGACAUUCCCGGAAGAUUUACUACCAGUGUAAGCGAGCUUAUCUACAGCAUUCAAAGUGUCUCUGUUUGCCAUAACCAAUGCUUUCAUGUAUAGAUGUUAUGAUGCUGGAUGGCAUAGAACCUCUAUUUUCUUUGUGUUAAUUAUCAGGCCAAAAUUAGCACAAGCAGCAGAGAAUCAAUCCAAACUCUUGCAUUUUGGUCUCAUCGGCUGCAUUGAAUGUAUACUAUGUUCCAAGGAUUAAGGGACUAAGCACUUUAUAAAUACAAUCUCAUUUGAUCCUCACAACUCUGUGAAAGUGCUAUCAAAAUUGUGUAAAUGCUUUUAUCAUUUCCAUUUUACUGAUGGGGAAACCAAGGGAGACAGAGGUAAAGUGAGUUGCCGGGGGUCACACAUUUAGCAAAUGUCUGAGACUGGAUUUAAACUGAAAUUUUUUUUUUUUUGAAAAAUUUAUUUAGUCAAUUUAUAACAUUAUUCCUUGGUUACAAGAAUCAUAUUCUUUCACUCCCUCCCCUCCACCCACCCUUCCCACAACCGACUUGUAAUUCCACUGGGUUUUACAUGUGUCUUUGAUCAGAACCUAUUUCCAUGUUGUUGAUGUUUGCACUAGGAUGAUCAUUUAGUCUACAUCCCCAAUCAUAUCCCCCUCGACCCAUGUAAUCAAGCAGUUGUUUUUCUUUGGUGUUUCUACUUCCACAGUUUUUCCUCUGAAUGUGGAUAGUUGAACUUAUAGCUUUCUGGUUCCAGGGCUAACCCUCUAGUUACCUAUCACACUCAUUCUUGGAAGCUAUGUGUUUUAACUAAACCCAAAAUGGCAUUUUUUUUUGGGCUACCUCAGCAUUCUCCUGCCUCAUUUGAGCAUAUGUAAUGCAAAACAACUCCCAGAUCUUUUUCAAAUUGAUUUAUGUCUAACCAUCCCUUACCUAGCUGUACUUAUGAAGAUGAUAUUUAAACCCAAGUAUGACUUUCCAUUUAACCCUACUGAAUGUUAUCUUACUAGAUUCACCUAAUGAUCAAGCCUGUCAUUUCUAUUAUCAUCAUGAUGACAGAAGUAUAAUACAGUGGAAAGAGUUCUGGAUUUGGAGUCAGAAGACCUGUAUUAAAAUCGCAGCUCAGACACUACCUGUAUAACCUUGGAUAAAUCAUUUAAUCUUUGGAGGCAACUGUGGCUCAGUGGUUAAGAGCAUUGGACCUGGAAUAAGCAAAGAAGGCAUUCUACCAAAUUCCUUUUAUGACACAAAUAUGGUUCUGAUUCCCAAACCAGGCAGGUCAAAAACAGAGAAAUAAAACUAUAGAUCAAUCUCCUUAAUGAACAUAGAUGCAAAAAUCUUAAAUAGGAUACUAUCAAAAAGACUCCAGCAAGUGAUAUGAGGGUUAUGUACUAUGACCAGAUAGGAUUCAUACCAGGAAUGCAAAGAUGGUUCAAUAUUAGGAAAACCAUCCACAUAAUUGACCAUAUUAACAAGCAAACUGACAAAAAUCACAUGAUUAUCUCAAUAGACGCAGAAAAAGCCUUUGACAAAAUACAACACCCAUUCCUCUUGAAAAACACCAGAAAGUAUAGGAAUAGAAGGGCCUUUCCUAAAAAUAAUAAACAGUAUAUAUAUAAAACCAUCAGCAACUAUCAUCUGCAAUGGGGACAAAUUAGAAGCCUUCCGAAUAAGAUCAGGAGUGAAACAAGGAUGCCCAUUAUCACCUCUAUUAUUUAACAUUGCACUAGAAACACUAGCUAGAGCGAUUAGAGAAGAAAAAGAAAUUGAAGGUAUAAAAAUAGGCAAUGAGGAGACCAAGCUAUCACUCUUUGCAGAUGAUAUGAUGGCCUACUUAAAGAAUCCUAGAGAAUCAAACAAAAAGCUAGUGGGAAUAUUCAACAACCUUAGCAAAGUUGCAGGAUACAAAAUAAACCUGCAUAAGUCAUCAGCAUUUCUAUAUAUCUACAACAUAUCUCAGCAGCAAGAAUUAGAGAAAUUCCAUUUAAAAUCACCCUAGAUAAUAUAAAAUACUUAGGAAUCUAUCUGCCGAGACAAACACAGGAACUAUAUGAACACAACUACAAAACACUCUCCACACAAUUAAAACUAGAUCUAAACAAUUGGAAAAACACUGAUUGCUCAUGGAUAGGAUGAGCUAACAUAAUAAAAAUGACAAUCCUACCGAAAUUAAUUUACCUAUUGUGGAUAGCAUUUUUACCUUUAUCUCUUAGUCCUUUGUUUUCUUCAAAACUCAGUUCUAGCAACACCUUCUAGAUGAAAUCUUUUCUGAUCCUCCAGCUGUUAAGUGCCCUCUUUCUUCAAAAAAAUUAUCCUUCAGAAAAAUUAAUGUACAAAAAUAUUCAUAGCCUCACUCUUUGUGGUGGCAAAAAAUUGGAAAAUAUAUAUGCAGAGAAGACAUGUAGUAUAUUCAUAAUGACAACUCAUAUUAUGAUAAUAUUUUAAAGUUUACAGAGUAUUUUCCUCACAAUAAUCUCACCACAUGGGUUGUCUAAUUAUCCUUCUUUUAAGCUUUGCUUUAAUACUCAAAAGUUUUCAUUAUUUCAUCCUUGUGGAUAUUUCCUUCACUGGUCAAGAUCAUUAUUGUUCCUAGAGUUUGGCCAGUAGAGUGCUUUGUGGAAUACUACAGCACAAGGGAGAAGCUAUGCACCAGGACAAGGAGGCCCCAAGCCUAUAGCAGGGCCCUGAGCAUAAGGUGAAGGAAGAGAUGUUGGCUUGCAAGUCUCUAGCCUGAGCCAUUUCUGAGAUCCUGGAAUAAUAACACUCAGUAAUCUAAGAAGAAAGCAAGAAGGCCAAUCUGGACCUUCCCUACAGCAGUGCAGAAAGCCUAGCCCUAAAAUCAAGUCAGAAGUUAAGCACGCUGGAAGAAUGAAUAAACAAAAAAGAAUUUCACCACUAAGAGCUAUUAUGGUGGCAGGGAUACUCAAGACACAAAUCCAGAAGACAAUGACACAAAAACAACUACAAGCAAAACCUCAAAGGAAAACACAAGUUGGGCAUGAGUUCAACUAGAUUCCCUGGAGAAGAUGAAGAAAGAAUUUUUUUAAAGAGUUUAAAAUGUUUUAAUUAAUUAAAUGAAGGCACUAGAAAAAAAUUGAAAAGCAUUGAGAACUAUAAAAAAAAAUUGGAAAGGGAGUUACUAGCUUGGCAGAAGAGGUACAGAACCUUUCUCAAGCAACAAACCCACCCAGAAAUUAGAAUGGAUCAAAAAGAAGCUGAUGAUUCCAUGAAGCCCCAGGAAAUGCUAAAAGAAAUCAAAAGAUUGAAAAUAUGGAAUGAAAUGUAGGGUUUCUCCUAGGAAAAAUAAUUUGCUUAGAAAAUAGAUUGAAGAGGAAAAACUUUAAAAAUCACUGAACUGAUUUAAAGGUAUGACCAAAAAAAGAAUCUGGAUAUUAUAUUUUAAUGAAUCUUAAAAGAAAACUGCCCAAAUCUCUUAAUCAGAGGGCAAAGUGGAAAUGGAAAGAAUCCAUUGAUCACCUCCUGAUACAAACCCCAAAAUGAAACUUCCAGGAACAUUGAGGCCAAAAUUCAGUUUACAAGUCAAAGAGGAAACACUAUAAGCAGCCAGAAAGAAUUCAAGUACAGAGGAGAUACAAUCAGAAGUACACACAAUUUAUUAGUCAUCACUAAAAAGAAAAGAAUCUAGUAUUCUAGAAUGCAAAUAUAUAUAUAAAUAUAUAUAUAUGCUUAUAGCUGACAAUACCCCCUGCCCCUCACAGGAAAACUGAGUAUAAUCUAUAGAAGAUGGACCUUUAAUGGAAAAGAGGACUUCCAGGCAUUCCUGAUGAAAGGACCAGAGCUUUGUAGAAACUUUGAAAGUUGUUAAAUUUUUUAUGGUUUGGACUUGAAAUUUAAUUGGUUGCCAGGGAUUUAAUUUCAAAAUCCCAAAAUGAAUUAUUAAAGUAAAAUGGAAUUUAUGAUAGUUUAUUUACAAUAGAGGGAAGAUAUUAAGGAAGAGAGGAAAAAGGGAGAGAGAGAGAGCAAGCUCCGGGAUUCACAGAGCCAGGUAGAAAUUCUAAGCCCCAGCCAGGGGAAAGGAGUCUGAAAGACAAAGGGCCUUUCUCAGAGGUUCACACCUCCAGAAAGGCAAGGAAACUAAGUCAGCCUUUAACUCACCAUGAUGACUGUCUAAAAGGAAAGCAGUCAGGUUUCUUUCACAAGCUCCUCCAGGGGUCCAGUUCCACAGCUAAGUGUCUUCACUCCAGGUUUGAGUGUCUGUCUUCCAGUCUCUCCUCAAGUGUCUGUCUUCCAGUCCAACUCCAAGUGACUAAUCUUCCACUCUCUCCUCCAAGUGACUGAAUCCUGGAUUCUGAUUUAUCCACGUGUACCUCUGUUUCCUCUAUUUAAAGACCUUUUUCUCUUGUGUCACCUCCCCUAAAUUUUUACGUCUACCAAUCACAGCUGGCGCUCCUCUCCAGGACUGUCCACUCAAUGUAUGAAAUGGGUGUUCACACCUUUUGUAGUUAAUUAACACCUUUUUUGAUUAGUUAACACCUUUUUGUAGUUAAAAUGGGUAAAUCUUUAAAUACUGAGUUAACUCUUUGGGAAUUAAAAUUCUAAAAAUAGGCAGGGGGUUGCAAUUUAAUCUUCACAAUAAAGGAAGAGCUAAGUACUUUCAUUGUUACAAUCAAGGGAGAGCCAAAUCAAAUCUUCACAAAGUCAAACAUAGAAGUGAAGAGAAACAUAAAAAAGAUAAGCAGUAAUGAACAACCAUAGAAGAAUAAAAAAAGAUAAACUUCUUACCUUCUACUAUUGGAGAUGACAUAUGUGAGGCUCCCAUUGCUCUCAGUCAUAGAUGGUAGGAGGGAAAUCUGACAAUGUCUCAGAAGGAGUUUACAGGGGUCCCUUUGCUGGCUCUUCUCCCAUUGCCUAUAUGCAGAUCCAGGUCUUAGUCCUGGGACUUGAACUCAAGGUGAGGAGAAGUACUAGCACACACUAGUGCUUUUGGCUGCAGUGGAGCAGGGGACCCUGGUCACAGUUCCAAGAAGGGAAAAAGAGCUUGUUGUUGCUCACAGACCAGAGCACAGGCUGGGAGAUAAUUAAACACUCCAUAGAUCAUACCACCUUGGAAGAACUGAAAAAUUAUAGAUCCCCAGAGUUAAUUCUGAAGGUAGCUGCAUAAAGAACCUAAAUCUUGGGAUAGUUUCCCCUUCACCACAUGGACAAAUCCCUAUAUUAACAGUUUUUAAAUUUAAAAGUAAAGAAAAAGGAUGGAAAAUGGGAAAACAACUAAAAAAAGAAACUCAACAGAAAAAAAUUGUUUUAGUGAUAGAGAAGACUAAAACACAAACUCUGAAGGCAACAAAGUUGAUACUACUGCAUCCAAAGCCUCCACGAAAAAUAUGAAUUAGUCUCAAAACCAAAAAGAAUUAAUGGAGGAGCUCAAAAGGGAUUUUUAAAACCAAAUAAGAGAGGUAGGAGAAAAAUUGGGAAAAUAAAUGAGAGUAAUACAGGAAAAUCAUGAAGAAAGAGGCAACACAGGGCAGCGUCAAGAUGGCAUCAUAGAGGCAGCAAAAGUUCAGACCUUUGAAAACCUUUCCUUACCAAUUACAAACUAAAUGCCCCUAGGGGACCGAAAAUUAAACGUAACAACAAGACAGAGCCAAGGAACCCUCCUGCUGGACUCAAGUUAAAAGGUAUGCCCCCCCAAUGCUGGAAUUUGAGAACACUCUGGUUUAAGGGGAAGGGAGAAGAAAGAUCCCAGGACCCUCCCCCAACCCCCCAGAGUGCUAAGCCUCUAGAGGCAGCUGGAACCUCUGGGUGGGCAAAGGCACUGAACUAGAGGGAGUACCUUGUGGGUAAAGCUGUGCCAGGCUCAGAGCGUCAAACACAGGCAGUGGGGAAGGAGUUAGAGAAGGAGCACAGAGUGGACAGCCUAGUUGACGCAGCAGAGACCUUCCAUAUUGCUCCCCCCCCCUUCCAGGAGGUUUUUGCCUCAGGGCACAUCCAGCCCAACCCAGCUGGACUUAAUCCCAUCAAAAGUCUUCAGAGGGCAGGGAAACUCAAGCUCCAAUACCUCUCCCCCACAGACUACACUGAGAGACUUGCUGACAAAACUCCAAGAGGGAAGUCUGAAAGAAAAGCCCAAACCCACAGAUCCAACACAUAAUGAGAGGAGCAAAAGUGCAGGCAACUACAGGGGGAAAAGAAGGGGCAAAUAUGAGCAAACAACAGAAAAAGAAAAAAGAAAUUAUAAUUGACAGCGUCUAUACAGGCAAUGAACAAAGAGCAAAUGGAACAGAGGAGGAGGGAACACCAAGCAAUAAAACAGAAAAACCAGCAAAUUGGACACAGGCUUUGGAAGAACUCAAAAUGCAAUUCAAAACACAAUUAAGAGAGGCUGAAGACAAUUGGGAAAAGAACUUAAAAACUAAGAUAAGUCAUCUGGAACAAGAGGCACUUGAACUAAAAUGAGAAAAUAGUGUCUUGAAAGCCAAAAUCAACCAGCUUGAAAAUGAGGCAAAGGAGAUGAAAGAUGAGGCAAAGAGGAUGAAAGAUGACCUCCAAAGAAAAUCAGACCAGAAGGAGAAGGAUGACCAAAAAGCCAGGGAUGAAAUCUAGUCUUUAAGAACCAGAAUACAACAACUAGAAUCAAGUGACUUCACAAGGCAGCAGGACACUAUAAAACAAAAUCUAAAGAAUGAAAAAAUUGAGGAAAAUAUGAAGCAUCUCAUUCACAAAACAGAAGACUUAGAAAAUCAUUCAAGGAGAGACAGCUUAAGAAUCAUUGGUCUACCAGAAGACCAUGACAAAAGGAAAAGCCUGGACAUCAUACUAUAGGAAAUCAUCCAAGAAAACUGCCCUGAUAUUCUAGAACAAGAGGGAAAAGUGGAGAUUGAAAGAAUCCACAGAUCACCUCCUGUACUUAAUCCUCAACUGACAACACCCAGGAAUGUCAUAGCCAAAUUCAGGAACUAUCAGACCAAGGAAAAAAUAUCACAAGCUGCUAAGAAAAAGUCAUUCAGAUACCAUGGAACCACAGUGAGGAUAACACAGGAUCUGGCUGCAUCUACACUGAAGGACCAAAAGGCAUGGAAUAUGAUAUUCUGGAAAGCAAGGGAACUAGGUCUACAACCAAGAAUCAACUACCCAGCAAAACUGACUAUACUCUUACAGGGGAAAGUAUGGUCAUUUAACAAAACAGAAUUCCAAGCAUUUGUAAAGAAAAGACCGGAAAUGAACAGAAAAUUUGAUGUCCAAGCACAGAAUUCAAGAGAAUCAUCAAAAGGUAAUUAAAAAAGAGGGAAAAAAGAAAAAUGAAACAAAACAAAAACAAAAAAACCGUUUUUUUAAAGAGACCCAAUAAGUUAAAAUGAUAUGUAUUCCUAAAAGAAAAGAGGUCAUUGGUAACUCUUAAAAAUUGUUAUUAUCACCUGGGCAGCUAGAAGAAGUACACUUAGAGGGAACAGUGACAAACUGUAUAGGAUGAAAUGACAAGACAUAAAUAAGUAUCUAGAUAUAUGUAUGCAUAAAUACAUAUAUAUGUGUGUAUAUAUAUGCAUAUAUAUGUGUAUGCAUAUAUAUAUAUAUAUAUACACAACUAGAGCUAAAAAAGAGGUUAAUAGUAAAAGAAAUGGGAAAAGAAACUGAAGAGGGUAAAUUUAUAUGUCACAAAGAAGCACAUGGUGGGAGGAGGGAGAACAUCAAUGCAUUGGAAGGGUAAAGAGAUUGGAGAUAGGAAAUACUCAACUCAACAAUGUGCACUGAAAUUGACCCAAAGAGGGAAGAACAAUCCAUUAGGGCAGAGAAUUGAUUUGUGACCUGGAGAGAAGUGGAAGGGUAACAAACAGACUGGUGGGGAGGGAAGCAAUACAAGGGAGGGAGGGAGAAGGUGGGGAGGUAGUUUAAAAGGACUGUAAAGAAAAUAAGGGGAGAAUAAGAAGGGAGGGGGGUAGAAAGGGAAGUAAAAUAAGGGUGGGAAUUAGGGGAACUGAUUAAAAAACAAAACAUUGGUGUGGAAGGAAAUAGUGAAAAAAGAAAAGGCAUUCUAGGAGUAGAAAUCAAAAUGCUGGGAAAUUCACAGCUGGUAAUCAUAACUCUGAAUGUGAAUGGAAUGAAAUCACCCAUAAAACACAAGUGAAUAGCAGAGUGGAUUAGAAUCCAAAACCCUACUAUAUGCUGUCUACAAGAAAUACACAUGAGGAAGGUAGAUACACAUAGGGUGAAAGUAAGAGGAUGGAGCCAUAUCUAUUGGGCAUCAACUGAUAAAAAGAAGGCAGGAGUCACAAUCAUGAUAUCUGACAAAGCCAAAGUAAAAAUAGAUCUGAUUAAAAGGGAUUGGGAUGGUAAUUACAUCCUGAUAAAAACUUGUAUAGACAAGUAGGAAAUAUUAGUACUCAACAUGUAUGCACUAAAUGGCAUAGCAUCCAAAUUUCUAAAGGAUAAACUACUGGAGCUCAAGGAUGAAAUAGAUAGAAAAACUAUAAUAGGGGGAGACCUGAACCUUCCUCUAUCAGAACUAAAUAAAGCAAAUGAAAAAAUCAAUAAGAAAGAGGUAAGAGAAGUGAAUGAAAUCUUAGAAAAAUUAGAGUUAGUAGAUAUGUAGAGAAAAAUAAAUAGGGACAAAAAGGAAUACACCUUCUUUUCAGAAGCACAUGAUACAUUCACAAAAACUGACCAUGUAUUAGGGCAUAAAAACAUUGCAAACAAGUGCAAUAGAGCAGAAAUAAUAAAUGCAACCUUCUCAGAUCACAAUGCAAUGAAAAUAAUAAUUAGUAAGGGUAGAGGCAAAUAAAAAAUUAACUGGAAAUUAAACAAUAUGAUUCUCCAAAAUUGAUUAGUUAAAGAAACAAAUCAUAGAAACAAUAAUUUCAUUGAAAAAAAUGACAAUGAUGAGACAUCCCUUCAGACCCUAUGGGAUGCAGCCAAAGCAGUACUCAGGAGGAAAUUUAUAUCCUUGAGUUCAUAUAUUAACAAACUAGAGAGGGCAGAGGUCAUUGAAUUGGGCAUGCAAAUUAAAAAACUAGAAAGUGAACAAAUUAAAAAUCCUCAAAUGAAGACUAAAUUAGAGAUCCUAAAAAUCAAAGGAGAAAUUAAUAAAGUUGGAAAUCAAAAAACUAUUGAAUUAAUAAACAAGACCAGAAGUCAGUACUUUGAAAAAACAAAUAAAAUAGAUAAAGUACUGAUCAAUCUAAUUUAAAAAAGGAAAGAAGAAAACGAAAUUGACAGUAUCCAAGAUGAAAAGGGAGACCUCACCUCUAAUGAAGAGGAAAUUAAGGCAAUCAUUAAAAAUUAUUAUGCCCAAUUAUAUGGCAACAAAUAUGGCAAUCUAGGUGAUAUGGAUGAAUAUUUACAAAAAUAUAAAUUGCCUAGACUAACAGAGGAAGAAAUAGAUUACCUAAACAACCCCAUAUCAGAAAAAGAAAUUGAACAAGCCAUCAAAGAAUUCCCUAAGAAAAAAAUCCCCAGGUCUGGAUGGAUUCACAAAUGAAUUCUAUCAAACAUUCAAAGAACAACUAAUCCCAAUAUUAUACAAACUACUUGACAGAAUAAGCAAAGAAGGAGUUCUACCAAAUUCCUUUUAUGACACAAAUAUGGUACUGAUUCUAAAGCCAGUCAGGUCAAAAACAGAGAAAGAAAACUAUAGACCAAUCUCCUUAAUGAAUAUAGAUGCAAAAAUCUUAAAUAGGAUACUAGCAAAAAGACUCCAGCAAGUCAUCACGAGGGUUUUUCACUAUGACCAGGUAGGAUUCAUACCAGGAAUGCAAGGAUGGUUCAAUAUUAGGAAAACCAUCCACAUAAUUGACCAUAUCAACACGCAAACUGACAAAAAUCACAUAAUUAUCUCAGUAGAUGCAGAAAAAGUCUUUGACAAAAUACAACACCCAUUCCUAUUGAAAACACUAGAAAGCAUAGAAAUAGAAGGGCCUUUCCUAAAAAUAAUAAACAAUAUAUAUCUAAAACCAUCAGCAAACAUCAUCUGCAAUGGGGAUAAACUAGAAGCCUUUCCAAUAAGAUCAGGAGUGAAAUAAGGAUGCCCAUUAUCACCUCUAUUAUUUAACAUCAUACUAGAUACACUAACUGUAGUGAUUAGAGAAGAAAAAGAAGUUGAAGGUAUAAAAAUGGGCAAUGAGGAGACCAAGCUAUCACUCUUUGCAGAUGAUAUGAGGGUCUACUUAAAGAGUCCUAGAGAAUCAACCAAAAAGCUAGUUGAAAUAAUCAACAACUUUAGCAAAGUUGCAGGAUACAAAAUAAACCCACAUAAGUCAUCAGCAUUUCUAUAUAUCUCCAACACAUCUCAGCAGCAAGAAUUCGAAAGAGAAAUUCCAUUUAAAACCACCCUAGACAAUAUAAAAUACUUAGGAAUCUAUCUGCCGAGACAAACACAGGAACCAUAUGAACACAACUACAAAACACUCUCCACACAAUUAAAACUAGAUCUAAACAAUUGGAAAAACACUGAUUGCUCAUGGGUAGGACAAGCUAACAUAAUAAAAAUAACAAUCCUACCCAAAUUAAUUUACUUAUUCAGUACCAUAUCCAUUGAACUACCAAAAAACCUUUUUACUGAAUUAGAAAAAAACAUAACAAAGUUUAUUUGGAAUAAUAAAAGAUCAAGGAUAUUUAGGGAAAUCAUGAAAAGAACUGUGAAGGAAGGAGGACUUGCAGUUCCAGAUUUCAAGCUAUACUAUAAAGCAGUGGUCAUCAAAACAAUUUGGUACUGGCUAAGAGACAGAGAGGAGGACCAGUGGAAUAGACUUGGGCUAAGUGACCUCAGCAAUACAGUCUAUGAUAAGCCCAAAGAUCCCAGCUUUUUUGACCACAAUCCACUAUUUGAUAAAAACUGCUGGGAAAAUUGGAAGACAGUAUGGGAGAGAUUAGAUUUGGAUCAACACCUCACACCCUACACCAAGAUAAACUCAGAAUGGGUGAAUGAACUGAAUAUAAAGAAGGAAACUAUAAGCAAAUUAGGUGAACACAGAAUAGUAUACAUGUCAGAUCUUUGGGAAAGGAAAGACUUUAAAACCAAGCAAGAGCUAGAAAAGAUCAGAAAAUGUAAAAUCAAUAAUUUUGAUUACAUCAAAUUAAAAAGUUUUUGUACAAACAAAACCAAUUCAACCAAAAUUAGAAGGGAAGCAACAAGUUGGGAAAUAAUCUUCAUAACAAAAAUCCUCUGACAAAUGUCUAAUUACUCAAAUUCAUAAAGAGCUAAACCAAUUGGACAAAAAAUCAAGCCAUUCUCUCAUUGAUAAAUGGGCAAGGGACAUGAAUAGGCAAUUUGCAGUUAAAGAAAUCAAAACUAUUACUAAGCACAUGAAAACAUGUUCAAAGUCUCUUAUGAUCAGAGAAAUGCAAAUCAAAACAACUCUGAGGUAUCACCUCACACCUAGCAGAUUGACUAACAUGACAGCAAAGGAAAGUAAUGAAUGCUGGAGGAGAUGUGGCAAAGUUGGGACAUUAAUGCAUUGCUGGUGGAGUUGUGAAUUGAUCCAACCAUUCUGGAGGGCAAUUUGGAACUAUACCCAAAGGGAGCUAAAAGACUGCCCGCCCUUUGAUCCAGCCAUAGUACUGCUGGGUUUGUACCCCAAAGAGAUAAUAAGGAAAAAGACAUGUACAAAAAUAUUCAUAGCUGCGUUCUUUGUGAUGGCAAAAAAUUGGAAAAUGAGGGGAUGCCCUUCAAUUGGGGAAUGGCUGAACAAAUUGUGGUAUCUGUUGGUGAUGGAAUACUUUUGUGCUCAAAGGAAUAAUGAAUUAGAGGAAUUCCAUGGGAACUGGAACAACCUCCAGGAAUUGACUCAGAGUGAAAGGAGCAGAACCAGGAGAACAUUGUACACAGAGACCAAUACACUGUGGUACAAUUGAAUGCAAUGGGGUUCUCCAUUAGUGGCAAUGCAGUGAUCCUGAACAACUUGGAGGAAUCUAUUAGAAAAACCACUAUCCACAUUCAGUGGAAAAACUGUGGGAGUAGAAACACAGAAGAAAAACAACUGCUUGAUUACAUGGGUCGAGGGGAUAUGGUUGGUGAUAUAGACUCUAAAUGAACAUUCUAAUGCAAACACCAACAACAUGGAAAUAGGUUUUGAUGAAGGACACAUGUAAUACCCAAUGAAAUUGUGUGUUGGCUGUGGGAAGGGUAGAUGGAGGGGAGGGAGGGAAAUAAUAUAAUUCUUGUAAACAAGGAAUAAUAUUCUAAGUUGACUAAAUAACAACUUAAAAAAAAUAAAGGGUCAAUAGCUUGGUAAAAGUGCCACAAAAAAUAAUGAAGAAAGUAGUAUCUUAAAAAAAUAGGACAGGCCAUUUAGUAAAGGGGGCACAAAAAUCCAGUGAAGAAAACUUCUUAAAAAGUUGAAUUGGUCAAAGGAAAAGGUGGUACAAAAGCUCACUGAAGAAAAUAAUGUCACCAAUUAGAAUUGGGCAAGUGGAAGCCAAUGACUCCAUGAGACAUCAAGAAACAACCAAAGUCAAAAGAAUGAAAAAAAUAUAAGAAAAUGUGAAGUAUCUCAUUAGGAAAAAACUGACCUGGAAAAAAGACAAUCUAAGAAUUAUUGGACUACAUAGUCUAAUAAUCUAAGAGUUAUUAGACUACCUGAAUGUCAUGAUAAAAAAAAAAGAGCUUAAACAUCAUCUUUUAACAAAUUAUCAAGGAAAACUGCCCUGAUAUUUGAGAACCAUAGGGUAAGAUAGAAAUGAAAAGAAUCUACUCAUCACCUCUUGGAAGAGAUUGCAAAAGGAUACCUCCAAGGAAUAUCAUAGCCAAAUUCCAAAACUCCCAGGUCAAGGAGAAAUUAUUGCAAGCAGCCAAAACAAGACAAUUCAAAUAUUGAGGAACCACAGUCAAAAUAACCCAAUAUUUUGCAGCUUCUACAUUAAAGGAUUAGAGGACCUAGAACAGGAUAUUCUAGAGGGUAAAGGAGCUAGGAUUUCAAGCAUGAAUCACUUAUCCAGCAAAACUGAGCAUAAUCCUUCAGAGGAAAAAUGGAAAAUUUUCAAGGAAAUAGAGGUCUUUCAUAUAUUCCUAAUGAAAAGACCAGAGCUGAAUGGAAAAUUUGACUUUCAAAUACAAGACUGAAGAGAAGCAUAAAAAGGUAAAUAGGAAAGGGAAUUGAAAAUACAUUUAAUGAGGUUAAGCUGUUAACAUGCCUACAUGAGAAUUUGAUUCUUAUAACUCCAAAUAAUUUUGUCAUUAUUAGGGCAAUCAGAAAUAGAAUACAUAGGCAGAAGUAAUGGUAUGAGUUGAAUAUAAUGGAAUGAUAUCUAAAAAAUUAAAUUAUUGGGUGAGAAAAUGGAAUGCAUUCAUUGGAAGAAGGUGGAAGACAGAAAUAGAAUGAGGUAAAUUAUCUCACAUAAAAGGCAUGAAAGAGCUCUUACAGUGGAGCGGAAGGUAGGGGAGGGUGGGGAGGUGAGCAUCUGAACCUUAGCAUCUGAACCUUACUCUCAUUGGAAUUAGUUCAAAGAGAAAAAGUAUAGAAAUCUAUCUUACCCUACAGGAAAGUAGGAGGGGAAGAGGAUUAGCAAAAGGAGGACUGAUAGAAAAGGGGGUAAAUUGGGGGAUGUGGUAGUCAGAAACUAAACUGAGGAUGGACAAAAUGAAAGGGGUAAGAAAAGUAAAAAUCACCUGAUUAUCUCAAUAGAUGCAGAAAAAGCCUUUGACAAAAUACAACACCCAUUCCUAUUGAAAACACUAGAAAGUAUAGGAAUAGAAGGGCCUUUCCUAAGAAUAAUAAACAGUAUAUAUCUAAAACCAUCAGCAAGCAUCAUCUGCAAUGGGAAUAAAUUAGAAGCAUUCCCAAUAAGAACAGGAAUGACAUAAGAUGCCCAUUAUCACCUCUAUUAUUUAACAUUGCACUAGAAACACUAGCUGUAGCGACUAGAGAAGAAAAAGAAAUUGAAGUUAUUAAAAUAGGUAAUGAGGAGACCAAGCUAUCACUUUGCAGAUGAUAUGAUGGUCUACUUAAAGAAUCCUAGAGAAUCAACUAAAAAGCUAGUGGAAAUAAUCAACAACUUUAGCAAAGUUGUAGCUUACAAAAUAAACCCACAUAAAUCAUCUGCAUUUCUAUAUAUUUCCAACACAUCUCAGCAGCAAGAGUUAGAAAGAGAAAGUCCAUUUAAAAUCACCCUAGACAAUAUAAAAUACUUAGGAAUCUAUCUGCCCAGACAAACACAGGAAAUAUAUGACUACAACUGCAAAACAUUUUCACACAAUUAAAACUAGAUUUAAAUAAUUGGAAAAACAUUAAUUUCUCAUGGGUAGGAUGAACUAGCAUAAUAAAAAUGACAAUCCUACCCAAACUAAUUUACUUAUUUAGUGCCAUAUCCAUUAAACUACCAACAAACUUUUUUACUGAAUUAAAUGGGGGAAAUAGGAUGGAUAGUAAUAUAUAGUAACCAUUAAAGUAAAAGUUUUAUGAGUCUCUAAUAACUUCAUUUCUGAAAUAUAUAGAGAAAUGGGGGGAAUGGAUAAGAAUGAAAAUCAUUCCCUAAUUUAUAAAUGAUUUAAGGAUAUGAAUAGCUAGUUCUCAAAGUAAGUAAAGCUCUCAAGAGUCAUGUAAAAAAAUAAUCUAACUCAUUAUUUAAAAAAAUGACCCUUUCCUUCCAUCUUAGAAUGAAUGUUUUGUAUUGGUUCCAAGGCUGAAGAUCAGUAAGGGCUAGGCAGUGGGGUUUAAAUGACUUGCCCAGGGUCACACAAUUAUGAAGUGUCUGAGGCUAGAUUUGAACCCAGGACCUUCCAUUUCUAGUCCUUUUCCUCAAUCUACCAAGCCACCUAGCAGUCCCCUCUGAAUCACUAUUAAUUAAAGAAAUGCAAAUUAAACCCCUGAGGUACCACCCCACACUUAUCAGAUUAGCUAUAAUGACAGAAAAGGAAAAUGACAAAACUUGGAGGGGAUGUGGGAAAAUUGAGACACUAAUGCACAGCUAGAGUAGUUGUGAUCUUAUUGAACCAAUCUGGAGAGCCAAUUGGAGAGCCAUAUGUGCAAAGGGCUACAAAACAGUACAUACCCUUUGAACCAGUAAUGCUAUUACUAGGUUUGUAUCCCAAAGAGAUAAAAAACAAAAAGAGGAAGGACCUAUAUGUAUGAAAAUGUUGAAAACAGUUCUUUUUGUGAGGGCAAAGAAUUGGAAAGUGAGGAAAGUCUGAGUAUGGUAUAGUAUAUGAUCAUAAUGGAAUACUGUUGUGCUGUAAGAAAUGAUGAACAGGAGGAGUUCAGAAAACCCUGGAAAGAUUUACACAAAGUGAAGCAAGCAGAACCAGGUCUACCUUGGACCCAUUGUCAGCAAUACUGUAUGAUGACCAACUAUGAAUUACUUUGCUAUUCUCAGCAAUACAAUGAUCCAAAACAAUCCCAAAGGAUUAAUGACAAAAAAUGCUAUUGCCUUCCAGAGGAAGAUCUGAUGGAGUCUGAACUUUUUUGAUUUUCUUUCUUGAUUUUUUUUCUCCAAGUUUCCUUUCACAAAAGGAUUAACAUGGGAAAAUGUUUUACAUGAUUGUUUAUGUACAAUCUAUAUCAGAUUGCUUACCAUCUCAGUGGAGGGAAGGGAGAAUUCAAGACCUAAAUUUUUUUUAAUGUUGAAAACUUUUCACAUGUAAUUGAAGAAAAAAUAAAAUUAAAAAAUAAAAAAUAAUUAUUUCACAUAAUUGAGGCACAAAAGUAAAAAUCUAUACAAACAAGGAAGGAGAUGGAUAUCUGAAUCUCGCUCUUCUCUGAAGGAAGGAAGGAUAAACAUACAUACACAUUUGGCUACUGAAAUAUAUUUUACUCAACAGGGAAAUUGGAACAGAAAUGGGAGAAGGGAGGAGAAAUCAGGUUUGGCUAAGGGAGAGAUCAGUGCAAAGCAAAAUAAAAUAAUGAUGUAUAAAAAUAUAACUUUUUAAGGUGGCAAAGAAUGGGAAUCUGGGGAGGUGCCCAUAAAUUUGGGAAAUGGAUGAACAAGUCAUGGUAUAUAAAUGUUUUGGAAUGCUAUCAUGCUGUAAAGAAGUGAAGGAGAUAGUUUUAGAGAAAACUGAAGAGACUUAUUUGAAUGGGUAAAGUAAAUGAGAAAGUAAAUUUGAAUUAAAUUGAAUUAAACUGAACCCAAAGAACAAUUUAUACAAUGACAGUAACAUUGUAAAGGCAUACAACUUUGAAAGACAAGAACUCCCAGCAGAAUAAGAGCCAGCUGUGAUUCCAGAGGACUAAUGAUGCAGUGUGCUACCUACUUACCUCCUAAUUAAGAGAGGAAAGACUCAGAAUGUAGAAUCACACACACAGACCCACACACACAUAGAUGCAACAUACUUGUUCUUUAAAAAUUGAUUUUCUCUGCAAAAUUGAAAAUAUGCAAAAAACCAGUGGGUUUUGAGAAAAUUGGGUUUUGAGACACAGCACUUCCAGCCAUAGGUAUUUCUUUUGUUUUUGUAGCAUGAUCUCUGAUGAUCUGAAAUCUGGGUUCCUUUAUGCCUAUUGCUUUAGGACAGUGGUGGUGAACCUAUGGCACACAUGCCAAAGAUGGCACACAAAGCCCUCUCUGUGGGCAUGUCUGCAGUCACCCACCAGAGUUUGUUUCUAGAAAGCCAGAAGGACUUAGGGUGGAGCUGUUCCCCCCUCUCCACGAGCCUGAGGACAUUCCUCACUUUACCAGCCCCUCUUCCCAGCAGCCCUAUGGAAGCACUUCCUCUCUCCCCUGUCUGGUGUAAGGGGAGAGCAAGGGCACAGCACUCAGUUUCUGGGGGGCUGGGCACAGCACUUGGUCUGGGGGUGGGAUAGGGGCAGGGCUCAGCACUCCCUCUCUAAAAGGUUCACCAUCACUGGCUUAGGAUAUAACACAUUCUCUUUUCUUUCAUUUCUUUCUCUUUUCUAGUGCAAGAUCUUAUUUCUUUCAAAACCCUUAUUUUUUCAAGCAAGUCCCCAAAUCAUCAAAACUUUCCUUUUGCAUAUACUAUAUAUAGUUUUGACCCAGGAUAUUUAGGCAUGUUUAGGAUAUUAAAUAUACAUACAUGUAUAUAUGUAUGUAUAUAACAAAUAAUUCGCAAAACAUAGCCUUGUAGGAUAACACAUGUAGAAAACUGAGGUAGACAUUUAAGAGGUGUGUGUGUGUGUGUGUGUGUGUGUGUGUGUGUGUAUUUUGUAUAUUUCUACAUAGCUUGGUAGAGCUAAAUGCAAUUCUGUGUUCGCCUAGUUCUUGAGGAUGAAAUCACCUAUAAGCAAAUGUAAAAUUGAUGUUAUGCUCAGAUUAUUCCCUAACAUAUCAAUCACAUUUUACAUUUUCAUUUCAUUACAUUUACAUUUCAAAACAAACAUUAUAAAGCAGACCAUAUUAAAUAUGUGUACACAUACAUAUAUUAAUUUCCUUUUGAUAUGAUCAAUGUGGAAAUUUGGGGUUUUUUUACUAUAUAUUUGUAAAAGUGGUUUUGUUUUUCAUUAAUUCUCAAUUGGGAAGGGGAUGGGUAAGGUGGGAGUUAGAGGUAUAUUUUUGUUGACUAAAAAUAAAAUUUAAUUUUAAAAAGAUCUUAUCAUUUCUUGAUACUUAAAAAUUAUGUAUAUAUUUAUUUCAAGUUGCAAAAACCCACCAUAUUAUCCUCUUCCCACAAAGAAGAAAAAAAGAAAAAGAAAAUCCAUUGCAAACAUGUAUAGUGAGGGGGCAGCUGGGUGGCUCAGUGGAUUGAGAGUCAGGCCUGGAGAUGGGAAGUCCUAGGUUCAAAUUUGGCCUCAGACACUUCCCAGCUGUGUGACCCUGGGCAAGUCACUUGACCCCCACUGCCUAGCCCUUACCUCUCUUCUGCCUUGGAGCCAAUACACAAUAUUGACUCCAAGAUGGAAGGUAAGGGUUUAAAAAAACAACAACAAUAACAUGUAUAGUGAAUCAAAAAAAUUUUCCACACUGACCAUAUUAAAAAAUAAAAAAUUUGUCUCAUUCUGCAAUCCGAGUCUUUCUUUUCUCAAUCAGGAGGUGGAUAGCAUGUUGCAUCAUUAGUCCUCUGAAAUUGUAGUUAGUUAUUACACUGAUAAGAGUUUUCCUAAAAUUUUCAAAGUUAUUUAACCAUUACCAUAUUAUUGCCAUUAUAUAAACAGUCUUUUUGGCUCUGUUCACUUCACUUGGCAUCAGUUCGUACAAGUAUUCUCUGGUUUCUCCAAAAUCCUCUGCUUCAUAAUUUCUUACAAUAACACACUAGUAAUCUAUCAUACUAAAAUGUCAUAACCUGUUCAUCCAUUCCUCAAUUUAUGGGCAUGCCCUCAGAUCUCCAUUCUUUGUCACCUCCAAAGGAACUAUAAAUAUUUUUUUAAAUCCUUAGUUUAUUUUACUUAGGACUAAUCUCUCCCUUAACCAAACCUCUAAUUACUCUUCCCUCUCUUACUCACUUUUCUUCUUAUUUCCCUAUUGAAUGAAAUAUAUUUCUGUAUUCUGUUCUAUGUGUGUUCAUAUACUCUUCCUUCCUUUGACUAGUUCAAAUAAGGGAAAGGUUGAAAUUGCACCCUUUUCCCCCUUCUCUGUAUUUGUAUAAAUGUCUAUACACCCUGGGUAUCUUAGUUUUUCCUCCUCACUCUUCUCAUGUAUUCCUUGCCCCCUCUCUUUCCAUUAUUCCUUUAAGAUUAUUAGGACAUAUCAGAACCACUCUCAGGCCUUGUCUACUUAGACACCCUCUAUGACCCCUAAUUAUGAUGAAAUUCAAAACAGACAUAUAUUUCAUCUCCCCAUGCUAGAAUAUAAGCAGUUUAUCCUUAUUUAUCCUCUUAUGAUUGUUUCCAUGUUUACCUUUUUAUAUUUCUCCUCAUUCCUGUUUUUGACCUUCAAAGUUUCUACAAAGUUCUGAUCCUCAGGAAUGAUUGCAAGUUUUCUCUCCCAUUAGAGAUUCACUCCCCCUCCCCAUUACAGAUUAUAUUCAUUUUUGCUGGGUGAGUUAUUCUUGGCUAUAAACACAUAUCCUUUGCUUUCUAAGGUACUCUACCUGAGGUAUACUUCUGGUCUUACUUGUUCUCCAGUGUCCAAAGACCUCUCUAUCUUGCUCCCUAUGCCAAGAUGGGAUGGGCACAUGUGUCAUAGUAACUUAAAAAAAUCCCUUAACUUCCAUCUUAGAAUCUAUAUUGUAUAUUGGUUUUAACAUAGAAGAGUGGUAAAGGAUAGGCAAUGCAGGUUUAGUGACUUGCCCAGGAUCACACAGCUAGGAGUAUCUGAGGUCAGUUUUGAACCCAGGUCUUCCUGUCUCCAGACCUGGCUCUCUAUCCACUGAAGCACCUAGCUGACUGUCUCAGUGACUUUUUUUUCUGGAUUUAUUAAUCAAAUUUGAUCUGGUGUAUUGUCUAGAUCUUUUUAAAAAAUCAUAUUUUUCCCAAUUACAUGUCAAAACAAAUUUUAACAUUAAUUUUCUAUAAUUUUAAGUUCUAAAUUCUCUACCUCCCUUUUCUCCCCAGUCUCAGAGAGGGUAAGCAAUUUGAUAUGUCAUACAUGCGUGUCUAAAUAUGUUUAGAGGAGUUUUGUGAGGGGAGUACAGUUACACUGCUUCCUAUAAUUCUGCCAUCUUGGCUCCAUAUCUCUUCCUCCCUGCUAUUCUUCAAUAAAUACAAGCAAUAAGUUAUUGUAGCCCAAAAGGAAAAAAAUCAUCAUCUGGUGACUGACUGUCUAAUAAUGAGAUCUUCACAUUACAGAUGAGAAAACUGAAGCCCAAAGAGGGAAAGUGACUUGCUCAAGGUUAGAAAUAUACUAAAAAUCCAAUACACUGCUAGUAAUAAUGACAAUAAUAAUAUUUGUUAUUGUGGAAACUAUCCUCAUGAACCCCCCCCCCCCAUAAAUUUUAAUGAAACAUAGGACCUAUUACACCAAGGCAAGUAUAGAAAGACUACCUCGUUAGGAAGAGGAGGAAGGGAAUUGUUAGAUACUUGUAGAAUAAGUCAGAAACCUUCAGAAAUACUUUUAAAACAAGCAGACAUCACUUCAUCAAGCAAUAGUAAAGGAUAAUAAAUUUGACCUGCCAUUAGAUUUGUUGAAUGGAACCAAAAGUGGUUUGCUGCUGGUAGAGUAUAAAACAGCUAAGAUCCAAGAAUAAAAUUAAAAAAGUCUUCCAUGGAUAACAGUCCCAAGAACUCAAUCAACAAUAAAUCAAUAGAAAAGUAUCAAUCAAAUGUUUGAGUCAUAAAUGUGGAAAUGGAAGGCUUUAUGAUGGCAAUUCCGGACUACAUAGUUGCCAUGAGAAAUGACAGAAAGUUUAUCCUUAAGGAGCCCAGAUUUAGUGAUCAAAUGUAGAUUAUACAAAGACACAGUAGAAACUGAGCUACAUAUCACCACAGCUGUUAAAAUUUUAGCACUUGAAUAAUUAGAAAGACAUGAUUUGGUGUAUGGAAUUAGACAUCAAAUUUUUUUCACCAUCAGACAGAUAACAAAUUUCCAUGCUACAAAUACAGACCCUGCCUGGAUAUAACAUUGACCCAUGAAAACUCAAGUAAAGGAGAGGCAAAUAAAAAAUUAAUUGGAAAUUAAACAAUACGAUUCUCCAAAAUCAGAUAGUUAAAGAACAAAUCAUAGAAACAAUAACUUCAUUGAAGAAAAUGACAAUGAUGAGACAUCCUUUCAAAAUCUAAUACAGCCAAAGCAGUACUCAGGGGAAAAUUUAUAUCCUUGAGUACAUAUAUUAACAAAUUAGAGAGGGGAGAGGUCAAUGAAUUGGGCAUGCAAAUUAAAAAACUAGAAAGUGAACAAAUUAAAAAUCUUCAGAUGAAGAUUAAAUUAGAGAUCCUAAAAAUCAAAGGAGAAAUUAAUAAAAUUGAAAGUCAAAGAACUAUUAACUUAAUAAAUAAGACUAAAAGCUGGUACUUUGAAAAGACAAAUAAAAUAGACAAAGUACUGAUCAAUCUAAUUUAAAAAAGGAAAGAAGAAAACGAAAUUGACAGUAUCCAAGAUGAAAAGGGAGACCUCACCUCUAAUGAAGAGGAAAUUAAGGCAAUCAUUAAAAAUUAUUAUGCCCAAUUAUAUGGCAACAAAUAUGGCAAUCUAGGUGAUAUGGAUGAAUAUUUACAAAAAUAUAAAUUGCCUAGACUAACAGAGGAAGAAAUAGAUUACCUAAACAACCCCAUAUCAGAAAAAGAAAUUGAACAAGCCAUCAAAGAACUCCCUAAGAAAAAAUCCUCAGGUCUGGAUGGAUUCACAAAUGAAUUCUAUCAAACAUUCAAAGAACAACUAAUCCCAAUAUUAUACAACCUAUUUGACAGAAUAAGCAAAGAAGGAGUUCUACCAAAUUCCUUUUAUGACACAAAUAUGGUACUGAUUCUAAAGCCAGUCAGGUCAAAAACAGAGAAAGAAAACUAUAGACCAAUCUCCUUAAUGAAUAUAGAUGCAAAAAUCUUAAACAGGAUACUAGCAAAAAGACUCCAGCAAGUCAUCACAAGGGUUUUUCACUAUGACCAGGUAGGAUUCAUACCAGGAAUGCAAGGAUGGUUCAAUAUUAGGAAAACCAUCCACAUAAUUGACCAUAUUAACAAACAAACUGACAAAAAUCACAUGAUUAUCUCAAUAGAUGCAGAAAAAGCCUUUGACAAAAUACAACACCUAUUCCUAUUGAAAAACACUAGUAAAACCUCCCGGCCCACGAGAAGUUUUAAGGAAGGAAAAUAGAAACAGGAUAGAAGUUUUGGAUCCCGCGAAGGGUGUGAAUGAGCCGGCUUUAGAGAUGUAAAUAAAUGAGUCAGUAAUCAAUUAUUGAUAUUCGGGAGCCACAGCCUGCUCCCACCACUGGACGUUACUAUUCAGGCUAUUCCCAUCCAAUGAUCCCAAUUUAACACUGCACUGGUCAGAGGAUAAUGCUAGCUCAGUAGGAAAGGAGAUUAGAAACUAAAGGAGGUAGAUAAUGCUAGGUAUUAGCAUUGGAAAAGAGAGAGAGACAGGAAGGCCUGACCGAAAGGCCAGGCCUCGGGGAGAAAGAUAGAGGAGAGAGAAAGGGGAGAAGUUGCUCCUUUGCAAACCUGUCGAUGUCCUCCAAGUGGCUGAGCUGGCUGUGUCCCGUUCCUUUUAUUCUCUUUGAUAUACAAAUGAGCUCAAUACAUAUUGAUAAGUUACAUGAUGCCUCAAUACAUAUGGAUGAGUUACAUAGUGUAUUGCCAUUGGAUAAUUGCAAAUUAUGACAAGGUGAAGGUGGGGUUAUUAUCCUCAGGUGAGUGAGACAGGAGGAAGCAAGGUUUCGCGCCCUAACCUCGGCCACGAUGGGAAUAGAGCCCAUUGCCAUGCGCAGGAUGGCCAUGUGCUCACUCACAAUCCUUGUCUCUCCAUAAUACCUAUGGGCUGGACUGCUACAGCUAGAAAGCAUAGGAAUAGAAGGGCCUUUCCUAAAAAUAAUAAACAUUAUAUAUCUAAAACCAUCAGCAAACAUCAUCUGCAAUGGGGAUAAACUAGAAGCCUUCCCAAUAAGAUCAGGAGUGAAACAAGGAUGCCCAUUAUCACCUCUAUUAUUUAACAUCAUACUAGAUACACUAACUGUAGUGAUUAGAGAAGAAAAAGAUAUUGAAGGUAUUACAAUAGGCAAUGAGGAGACCAAGCUAUCACUCUUUGCAGAUGAUAUGAGGGUCUACUUAAAGAGUCCUAGAGAAUCAACCAAAAAGCUAGUCAAAAUAAUCAACAACUUUAGCAAAGUUGCAGGAUACAAAAUAAACCCACAUAAGUCAUCAGCAUUUCUAUAUAUCUCCAACACAUCUCAGCAGCAAGAAUUCGAAAGAGAAAUUCCAUUUAAAACCACCCUAGACAAUAUGAAAUACUUAGGAAUCUAUCUGCCGAGACAAAUACAGGAACUACAUGAACACAGCUACAAAACACUCUCCACACAAUUAAAACUAGAUCUAAACAAUUGGAAAAACACUGAUUGCUCAUGGGUAGGAAGAGCUAACGUAAUAAACAUGACAAUCCUACCCAAAUUAAUUUACUUAUUCAGUGCCAUAUCCAUUGAACUACCAAAAAACUUUUUUACUGAAUUAGAAAAAAAACAUAACAAAGUUCGUUUGGAAGAACAAAAUAUCAAGAAUAUCCUGGGAAAUCAUGAAAAAAAAAUGUGAAGAAAGGAGGCCUUUUUGCAGUCCCAGAUUUCAAGCUAUACUAUAAAGUAGUGGUCAUCAAAACAAUUUGGUACUGGCUAAGAGACAGAGAGGAGGACCAGUGGAAUAAACUUGGGCUAAGUGACCUCAGCAAGACACUCUAUGACAAGCACAAAGAUUUCAGCUUUUGGGACCAAAACCCACUAUUUGAUAAAAAAACUGCUGGGAAAAUUGGAAGACAGUAUGGGAGAGAUUAGGUUUGUAUCAACACCUCCCACCCUACACCAAGAUAAACUCAGAAUGGGUGAAUGACCUGAAUAUAAAGAAGGAAACUAUAAGCAAAUUAGGUGAACACAGAAUAGUAUACAUGUCAGAUCUUUGGGAAAGGAAAGACUUUAAAAACCAAGCAAGAGCUAGAAAAAAAUCACAAAAUGUGAAAUCAAUAAUUUUGAUUACAUCAAAUUAAAAAGGUUUUGUACAAACAAAACCAAUGCAACCAAAAUUAGAAAGGAAGCAACAAGUUGGGAAAUAAUCUUCAUAACAAAAUCCUCUGACAAAGGUCUAAUUAUUCAAGUUUAUAAAGAGCUAAACCAAUUGUACAAAAAAAUCAAGCAUUCUCUAAUUGAGACAUGAAUAGGCAAUUUGCAUUUAAAGAAAUCAAAACUAUUAAUAAGCACAUGAAAAAGUGUUUUAAAUCUCUUAUAAUCAGAGAAAUGCAAAUCCAAACAGCUGAGGUAUCACCUCACACCUAGCAAAUUGGCUAACAUGACAGCAAAGGAAAGUAAUGAAUGCUGGAGGAGAUGUGGCAAAGUUGGGACAUUAAUGCAUUGCUGGUGGAGUUGUGAAUUGAUCCAACCAUUCUGGAGGGCAAUUUGGAACUAUGCCCAAAGGGAGCUAAAAGACUGCCCGCCCUUUGAUCCAGCCAUAGUACUGCUGGGUUUGUACCCCAAAGAGAUAAUAAGGAAAAAGACAUGUACAAAAAUAUUCAUAGCUGCGUUCUUUGUGAUGGCAAAAAAUUGGAAAAUGAGGGGAUGCCCUUCAAUUGGGGAAUGGCUGAACAAAUUGUGGUAUCUGUUGGUGAUGGAAUACUUUUGUGCUCAAAGGAAUAAUGAAUUAGAGGAAUUCCAUGGGAACUGGAACAACCUCCAGGAAUUGACUCAGAGUGAAAGGAGCAGAACCAGGAGAACAUUGUACACAGAGACUGAUACACUGUGGUACAAUUGAAUGCAAUGGGGUUCUCCAUUAGUGGCAAUGCAGUGAUCCUGACCAACCUGGAGGAAUCUUGGAGAAAAAACAUUAUCCACUCAGUGGAAAAACUGUGGGAAUAGAAACACAGAAGGAAAACAACUGCUUGAAUACAUGGGUCAAGGGGAAAUGGCUGGGGAUGUAGACUCUAAAUGAACAUCCUAAUGGAAACACCAACAACAUGGAAAUAGGUUUUGAUGAAGGACACAUGUAAUACCAAUGAAAUUGCAAGUCAGCUGCGGGAAGGGUGGAUGGAGGGGAGGGAGGGAAAUAAUGUGAUUCUUGUAACCAAGGAAUAAUGUUCUAAAUUGACUAAAUAAAUUAAUUCAAAAACUGUGAAAACAACAACAACUCAAGUAUAGGGGACAGCUGGGUUGCUCAGUGGAUUGAGAGCCAGGCCUAGAGACAAAAGGUCCUGUGUCCAAAUCUGACCUUAGACACUUCCUGGCUGUGUGACCCUGGGCACUUAACCCUCAUUGCCUAGUCCUUACCACUGUUCUGCCUUGGAACCAAAACAUAGUAUUGAUUCUAAGACAGAAGGUAAGGGUUAAGAAAAUUCAAGUACAACAUUUUAAGUUACCACACCAAAUGCUUAUAAUAUCUAAGUUACAUUGAAUGAAAAAACUUUCAAAACAUAGAGAUUUAAGAUAGGAAAACAAUAUCAUGGUGGAAUAAAAUGAGGUACAUUUUGUCUUAUCUGCUACUAGAAGAUCCUUUCAGCGAGCCUCCUUAGAAUGAUAAGCUUAUAUCUUAAUACUUUUAUUCAACAACAAAAAGCAGUUAUUUUAAUCAGCCUAUUAUUUUCUGAGACCUCUCUCCUCUGGCAACAGUCUCUCCUGCCAAUCAAAGGGAAAGAAAAAAGCACAGGAUUUAGAGGUGUAAGGGACUUUAUAAUCUAGUCAUAUACUCUCAUUUUACAGGUGAGGAAACUGGAAGUCUAUGAAGUCGUGAUUUGCAGGAGACCAACAACACAAAUCAGUGCCAGAAUUAGUAUACAAAUCCAAGUCUUCUAAUUCCAAUGUUCCUUCUAUUAUACCAUUUUUUUUUUGCCAUAUUUUGCCCCAUUCUGCAGGUGAAGAAUUGAAAAAUCCUCAACAGGAGAUAACCUGGGAUAAAAUCCAGCAAAGGACUCCCCACCCUAGCAGAAUUAAAGUGAUCCUUAUCUAAGGCGGGUAGGAUACAGGGGCUGACAGGAAGAAGAAAGAAAAGCAGGAAGGACAGGUCGAGCGGAUGGGUUAUGGAGGCUAGUGAGGGGUUCUGGGGAAAGGAGGGAAAGUAGGAAAAAAUAUGGCGAUUAAGACUUAUGAGAAGUUGUGAAGAUAGCUUGGGUGAUGGAGACAGAUGGGGACCGGUGGGAGAACAGGUGAGGAAAUAAAGGUGGGACAGUUUUGGAGAAUAACUCAGCAGGAUCUGUGAAAUCUGAGCCGAGGGACCAGUUAAUCAGGGAUUACUGAAGGCGGAGCAUCUAUGGACAGGUUCCAGGAGAGAAGUGUUGUCAGAUCCGAGGUGAUGAUGUCAGAGCUGGAGCGGUGAUGUCAGAGCCCGGGUGGUGGGGCGGUGAUGUCAGGGCUGGUGCUGAUGCUGGCGGCGCAGUGCAUUGUGGGCAGCUCCCCGCUCCGUCGCCGUCGCUGCCGCUGCCGCGGGAGGAAGAUCGGGGUCGGGCCGGGCCGGGCCGGGAUGGUCGGGGUCGGGAGGCCGCCGCAGCCGCUGCCGCUGCAGCCACCACCACUGCCAGGGGGAGCGGGCUGCGCCAAGCCGCACUGAGCCGCCCCCGCCCCCGCCCCGCCCGGGCCCCGGGGGAUGCGCCGUCCGGAGCCGCUGCAGCCGCAGCCGCAGCGGAGACAGAGCAGGUAGAUGGCCCAAACCAGGCAGGUGCCACCGAAACCCCUCCCUCUGGCUGGCGGAUGCAGUGCCUAGCGGCUGCCCUCAGGGAAGAGGCCAACAUGAGUGGGGGAGGGGAGCAGGCCGACAUCCUGCCGGCCAACUACGUGGUCAAGGAGCGCUGGAAAGUGCUAAAGAAGAUCGGGGGCGGGGGCUUUGGAGAGAUCUAUGAGGCCAUGGACCUGUUGACCCGGGAGAAUGUGGCCCUGAAGGUUGAGUCUGCCCAGCAGCCCAAGCAGGUCCUCAAGAUGGAAGUGGCGGUGCUGAAGAAACUGCAAGGAAAGGAUCAUGUUUGCAGGUUUAUUGGCUGCGGCAGGAAUGAGAAGUUCAAUUAUGUGGUAAUGCAACUCCAGGGUCGCAAUCUGGCAGACCUGCGCAGGAGUCAGCCCCGGGGCACCUUCACACUGAGCACCACAUUGAGGCUGGGCAAGCAGAUCUUGGAGUCCAUCGAAGCCAUCCAUUCUGUUGGAUUCCUUCAUCGGGACAUCAAGCCUUCGAAUUUUGCCAUGGGCCGCUUGCCCUCUACCUACAGGAAGUGCUACAUGCUGGACUUUGGGCUGGCACGACAAUAUACCAACACCACAGGGGAGGUCCGACCUCCUCGGAAUGUAGCUGGGUUUCGGGGGACAGUUCGAUAUGCUUCAGUCAAUGCCCAUAAAAACCGGGAGAUGGGCCGACACGAUGACCUGUGGUCUCUCUUCUACAUGCUGGUGGAAUUCGCUGUAGGACAGCUCCCCUGGCGUAAGAUCAAGGAUAAGGAGCAGGUGGGGAUGAUCAAAGAGAAAUAUGAGCAUCGGAUGCUACUGAAACACAUGCCGUCAGAGUUCCAUCUCUUCCUGGAUCACAUUGCCAACCUCGACUAUUUCACCAAGCCCGAUUACCAGUUGAUCAUGUCGGUGUUUGAGAACAGCAUGAAGGAACGGGGCAUCACUGAGAAUGAGGCCUUUGACUGGGAAAAGGCAGGGACUGAUGUCCUCCUUUCUACCAGUACCUCCACCCCACCACAGCAGAACACUCGACAGACAGCAGCAAUGUUUGGGGUGGUGAAUGUGACCCCUGUGCCUGGGGACCUGCUAAGGGAGAACACAGAGGACGUUUUGCAGGGCGAGCAUCUGAGUGACCAGGAAAAUGCACCCCCUCUUCUACCUGGGCGGCCAUUGGAGGGGCUAGGCUCCAUCCCUCAUCCUGCUUCCCAUCCUGGGGUCCCAGAAGCUGAGGUCUGGGAGGAGACUGAUGUCAACCGCAACAAGCUCAGGAUUAACAUCAGCAAAACACAGUGUGUGGUGGAGGAGGAUCAGAGUCGUGGAGUGGGGGUCCCAAGCUCCCCAGUACGUGCACCCCCAGACUCCCCAACCACCCCUGUCCGUUCCCUGCGCUAUCGAAGGGUCAACAGCCCUGAGUCUGAGCGGCUAUCCACAGCUGAUGGGCGGGCUGAGCUACAUGAGAAGAGGUCUCGGAUGGACCUUCCGGGUUCCCCUUCCCGCCAGGCGUGCUCGUCCCAACCUGCCCAGAUGCUGUCAGUGGACACAGGUCAGGCGGACCGGCAGGCCAGUGGGCGCAUGGACGUGUCGGCCUCAGUGGAGCAGGAGGCUCUGAGCAACGCCUUCCGCUCUGUGCCACUGGCGGAGGAAGAGGACUUUGACAGCAAGGAGUGGGUCAUCAUCGACAAAGAAACGGAGCUCAAGGACUUCCACCCGGGCGCCGAACCCAGCACGUCGGGCACAACAGACGAGGAGCCGGAGGAGCUGCGGCCCCUGCCCGACGAGGGGGAUGAGCGCAGGCGGCCCGGGGCUGGGGCCGAGUCCGGCCUGGGCGCCCCGGUGCGGCCCCGAGGACGCAGCAUGCAGACUGUGGCUGAGGAAGACCUCCGGCAGCAGCAUCAGUUGCAGGGUGCAGCAGAGCCUGCCCUAUCUCCCACCCCGGGAAGCCCCUCCCAUUCCUCCCUGCACUCUGGACCCAGGCCUCGGAGGAGGGAGUCAGACCCCAUCGGCCCACAGAGACAGGUGUUCUCAUUGACUUCACCUUUUGAGGUGAAUGGCCUCCCCAGGGCUGUGCCCCUCAGCCUGCCCUACCAGGACUUCAAGAAAGACCUGUCCGAGUACAGGGAGCGGGCUCGCCUCCUGCAUAGGGUCCGAACAGUGGACUUCUCCCAUGUUGUCCUUAGCGCUCCUUGUCAGUCAGUGACUAUUCCCACCCAGCAAGAGGUCAAUGGGAGGCGCCAGGAAGAGGACAAUGAGGAGGAGGAGGAAGAGGAAGAAGAGGAAGAGGAGGAAGAAGAAGAAGAGGAAGAGGAGGAAGAAGAGGAGGAGGAGGAGGAAGAGGAGGAGGAGGAGGAAGAGGAAGAAGAGGAAGCAGCCUUGGGGCGGGUAUUGGGGCUGAGGAGUGACUCUAGCAGUGAAGUGAGUGAGAAGAGCACUGACAGAAGCCAAGAGGGAGCUCCAUCCACAUUACUUGCUGAUGACCAGAAAGAAUCCAAGGGCAGGGCGUCCAUGGCUGACGGGGACCUGGAGCCAGAGGAGGGCUCCAAGACACUGGUGCUCUUCUCCCCAGGUGACAUGAAGAAGUCACCUGUCACCACCGACCUGGCUCCCGACCCGGACCUAGGCACCCUGGCUGCCCUGACCCCACAGAAUGAGCGGCCUCACCCCACGGGGAGCCAACUGGAUGUGUCUGAGCCAGGGACGCUGUCCUCUGUCCUCAAGUCUGAACCGAAGCCCCCUGGGGCUGGUACCGGGGUGGGACCCGCUGUAGGACCAGGGGGAACCGUGGCGGCUGCCUCCUCACCCUUCACCAAAGUCGAAAGGACCUUUGUGCAUAUUGCUGAGAAAACGCAUCUCAAUGUUAUGUCUUCCGGUGGGCAGCCCCUUCGGCCUGAGGAAGCCAGCCCUGGCAAUGGAGGGCUCGGCCCAGAGGCCAUCCUGGAGAAGGGAAGUGUUGAGGAGAGGCCCCCUGUGCCCUUAGAGAAUGGCAGUAUUCUCUCUGGGCCAGAUGGGGCAGAGACGGAGAGUUGUGCCCUCUCAGUACUGCCCGGGGAGACACCCUCAGAAGUGGCUGGUGACGCUCUGCCCAAUGGCCUUGCUCCCACCAGUGGACAGCCCCCUGCUAUCCCACCUGAACCCAGUCUACCCUCAGAGCCCGGGGUCCCAGAGAAGACAGUUCCCGUGACCCCAGGACCCCAGCCACUCCUUGCCUCCCGACCCCGGAGCCGUAUCCCCAUCCUCUUCUCUGAGGAGGACACAGGCUCUGAGUUGUCCGCCUCAGUCUCGGCCAAAGAACGAUGGUGUAAGCGCACGCGGCAGCCGGACCUCGCCCGCCUGGUGAUGGAGAAGAGGCAGGGCCGCCUCCUGUUUCGGAUUGCAUCCGGAGCCUCAUCCUCGGCCUCAUCCAGUGAGGAGCGGCGGCGGGCCUCCGAGACGCUGUCUGGCACGGGAUCCGAGGAGGACACCCAUGACUCAGAUGACUCGGCCCCCAGGAAAGCGGAGCGAGCUGUGGGCACACGGAGCCGAAUCCCUCGCCCCGUCGGCAUCAGGACACCCACCCCGAUCCAACUCAAAAGCGGGGGGAGUCCCCAGAGGACGCAACACCCCAGUGCCCCCAACAGCAUGGUCCCAUCUCCAGACACAGCCAUCACCAGCAGGCUCCAGCUACAGAGAUCCCCUGGGCCUCCAGCCACUGCUGACCUCCGCGCCAAACAACCUCCUGUCCACUCAAGCCCUGGCUCUGCCCCAAACCGUGCCAGUCCCCGUCGCCCCAGCCAUGCCCCUCCCUCCCGUGGCCCAGCCCUCUCUUCCACCAGACAUCUCAGUGCUUCCCCAAGGAGCCAGUCUCUAUCCCGGAGAGAGAGUCCCUCUCCCUCCCACCAGGCUAAGCCAGGGGGCUCCCAACCACGGGGAGCCCCCCUGGCCAGGACCCAGCCCCAGGUGUCGGGGCCUGGGCAGCCUGAAGGCCCCCCCUCACCGGGGGGCCCCAAGAAAGGACCAAGAGGGAAACUCCAGACUUACAGCCCGGCAACCAAAGGCAGAGCGGGGGCCUCAGGGGCCUCAGAGGGCAAAACUGGGGCCAGAUAAUGAUGCCUAGCUCUCAAUCCAGUCCGGCUGGGUACACCCCCAACCUUCACUCCCCCCACCUUGGCCAAUGACACUGGAGCAACUCCCCCAGCACAGCCUUACAUGCCAGAUAUUUGAGCAACCCACCAACUUUACCAAUUCCCUCCCAAACACCCACACGCAUACGUUGUGGUGGCGCCUCUUAGGUCAGCCUCAUCCCUUCAGUAGGCCACCAGGAACCCUUGCUGCCUGGGCAUAAGGGGACACUUCAGAGAGGAGGGCUCCUCCUCCCUCCCUGGUUGUCCUCUACCUUCCUCUCUCUACCCUGGGGACCCUGAGGCUGGGCUGGGCUGAAUUUCUUGUUCCCUAAGAGAUGAGUGUCCUUGCUCAGACAUCCCAGGUUCCUCUUUGAAGUCCUAGUUGCUGGUAGGGGUAGGGGGGACCCUUUUGGCUACAUUGGUCGAGGGAACCCCCAGGAUGCUUGGGCUAGGAUAUGGAGGCCCAAAGGAGCCAGCCAGACUCUAAUUCCAGGUCCCAAAUUUUCUUCAUAGACUCCAACAUCCCUGAGGCCUCUCAUUCACUCAUCCCUGACCAUAGCUUCAUCCUUCAUCUCUCUGUCCCUGGUAGGGCUCUGUUCAUGCUUUAUGGAUGACCUCCCCUUCUCUUUCUCUCUCCUACCUUCCUCUUUCCCUGGAAGGCUCAGGUCCUAGCAGUGGGAAGUCCUGUCUUCACAGGGGUUAGGCCCCAUUGCUUCUUACGAGACAUAGUCCAGUCUGCACACCCCUUUGACCUCACAAGGGAGGGAACAAGACCAGCGACCUCCCCUAACUGUCUGAGAUGUGGGUUGGGAGGAGAGAGGUCGGGAGGUCGAGAAAGCAGGAUGUAGGGAAUAAAGGGGACAGGUGCAACAAUUGCUCCAUCUCUGUGCAUCAAGUGACCCUGAGGAAGCAGGGUAAUUAGCCCUGGAUAAUGUCCUUAUCUUCUCUGGGCAUGGUCCUACCCCCUCCCUGUCCCUGAAAGAAUAAGGGUGCCUCAUUAGGACCAGCUACCAGACAGAAGCCAAACAGCACCUCAGGAGACCCACCAGAUUGUGGCGUGGCUUUGUGGGUGAGUAUUUCAGGAUAGUGGGCUGGAUGGGUCUUAACAAAGAUAUUUCAGUUCCUCCUCGGGUCACCAGUUCGAUGCUCAGAACUUACACCCUCCCCCCUGCCCCAGCUGACUGUAAGCCCUUCUUCACCCCAUACACAGUGCUGCACAGCAUAUUUCAUUAGAGUAUUGCCACCCAGGAAAUUUUUAAAAGGUGAAUAUUUAUUAAAUAUGCAAUCAUAAAAGGCAUUUUUGUUCCACAGACAAGCUAGAGCAACUAAAACCUAAUUUAAAUUUUAAAAAUUAAUCAUUAAGCUUUAUUUUAAAAUAGAAACUAAAAAUGAGGCAGAAAGUAAAUUUUUUUUAUAUUAGGUUGUGCCCAGACACUAAAAACUUAAUUGAACUUUCUUUCUUUCUUUCUUUCUUUUUUAAGCCCUCACCUUCUGUCUUGGAGUCAAUACUGUGUAUUGGCUCCAAGGCAGAAGAGUGGUAAGGGCUGGGUAAUGGGGGUCAAGUGACUUGCCCAGGGUCACACAGCCAGGUAGUGCCUGAGGCCAGAUUUGAACCUAGGACCUCCCAUCUCUAGGCCUGGCUCUCAAUCCAUUGAGCUACCCAGCUGCCCCCUUAAUUGAACUUUCUAAAAAAAUUAACAAACAUUAUUUUAAAAUAUAAAUUUAAAAGGAGGCAGAAAAUACCAACUUUUUUUUUCAACAUUAGGGUGUGCCUAGACAUUAAAAUAUAAUUUUAAUUUUAAAAAUUUACAACAAAACUUUAUUUUGAAAUACAAAAAAUGAGGCAGAAAAUAACAUCAGAAAAUUAGGGUGUACCCAAUGGGCCACAGUUUUAAGUUAUCCUUCUCUGCCUUCAGUGGAGAGGGACAAGUAUUGUUCCCUAUGCUGUCUAUAUUGACUCUUCAGAGAUUUCAAGAUUUCCCAGUAUAUAUAGCAUGCAUGGAUAAAGCAUUUACUAUGUUUAAGGCAGAGAGUUAGGAAGACCUGAGUUCAGGUUCAUCCUCUGAUACAUUCUGGCUGGGUGACCCUGGGCAAGUCAUCUUGUUCAUCUCUCAAUGCUCCAGGAGGCUUUAUAAGACUAGAGUUGCAGAAAGAUGGCAGCUGUAUAUUGGUAGAAGGAGUUCCUGACAGAUUUCCUGGUAGCAAUGAAAUCACAGGUAUAGACAAUAUGUAUGUAUAUGUAUCUGUAUAAAUAUAUAUAUAUAUGUAUAUGAAUAUAUACACACUCCCAUGUAUAUAUGUGUGUGUGUGUAUGUGUGAGGGGUAGUAGUGAUGGGGUAGGGUGAUGAGUAGGGUCAGCUGUCCAGAUCAUGCUCACACCUUUAAUUUUUCAGAACUGAUUGAUGUUCUGAAGAUGGGGAGGCACCUAGCCAAGCUUUGGGAAGAUUUCAGUUAGUCAUUCAACUAACACUAAGUGCCUCCUAUGUGCCCAAUACUAUAUUAAGUACUCUGGGGGAAUGCCAAGGAGCUUACUAAUAUCCCUCUCCUCUCCCGUCCAUUGAUCUUCAGAGAGGGCAUACUCUACCCAAAUGGCCUGCCUAGCCCCAUCUCUGUCCUGCCUCUACCAAGAGGCCACCCUACCCUCCAAGCCUAGUACUGUUUCCUCUGUCUGAACCAGUGCCAGAGCCUGGACAGUAGGGUACACCCUCCCAGACACCUUUCCCACCCUCCUUGAGAGGCUGCCCAUAGGAGAGAGGAGGCAUAAGGAAGAAGGUUGGCAGGAGAAGGAGGUUAGAACUGCCUGGCUCCCCUCUCCCCAGCCCCCGCUCCCAGGGUGGGGUGGGAAUCUGUGUCCUUUGAAGAGAUGUCUCUACGUGUCCCUUCCUGAGCAGUCCUCAGGCCAACCUGACUCUGGGCCUAAUCAGAUCUCAUUUGCCUGCUCCCUUCUCCCACCUGGCUUUAUGGUCUCCCAUUUCUUUUCCAGGAGUAGUCAUUCUUAAUGCCAGGGAGGCACCCAGACACUAUGAGGAGCACUCUACUGAAUCCUCCCCAACAUCCACCCCUGCUUCCAAGAGAGACAACAGAUAGGAUAGCUUUCCCCCCAGAACACUGUGGCAAAGAACCGAGGCAGGUGUCGCCCAGCUGGGCUUCAACCUGUCCCAGUCGAGGCAUGGACUAUCUAAGGAAAUGGGGUCUUCCAUUCAACUAACAGGAGGAAACAGAUGGCUAGGAGUCCUGAAGCUACCAGGCAAAAGCAAUAUAGUGUCCUCUUUGCUCCUCUGACCCUCUACCUCCUAAUGACUACCUUGACCCUUUCUCCACCUCUCUUCUAUUUCCCACAGCUUGCCUGUAGACAAUCUACUGGGGAUUCCAGCUGUUCUGCCACUCCUGGACAGGGUGGGAAUUCUGGAGAUGAGGAGGGGGGCUCCCUCCCAGGCCUGUGCUACAGAAUCAAGGAUGGGAAGGAGGCAGGACUGGAUAGGUUGCAGAAUCCCCUUUUCUCUCUCUCUCUCUCCGACUCUAUCCCAGCCAGGUCUCAGAAGAAUCAUUAUGAGCUCCAUGGGGCCAGGGGCAGGGCAGCUUGGCAGUGAAUGCUUGUCAUCUUCAAGAGAGAAAGAAAGAGAGAGAAGACACAGGGACACAGGUUCUUCCUCCCCUGAAAUAAAUAGUCUAGGAGUACAGACACACAUUCUAACACUCCUGUCCAUCUGUACUAGAGAACUCUGAUGGCCAGAGAGAAGACUGGGGAUUCAGGGUUCUCUUCUUCUUCUCCAGCAGAAACAGUCAUCUUCCAGGAACAUUUUUUCCCUUCUCUUACUCCAGAGAUCCCUUUCUCUGCUAUUCCUUACUGUCUGCUGCCCUUUCCUUAGCAACUGCCCUGCCUUGCACCCUCAGUCCCACCCUUGGACUGUGGGAGAGUAAAAGGCCUUCUGAAGGAUGCUCAGGGGAACUAUUAGCAGGAAUACUUUAACUUGUUAUCUUCUCUCCAGAGAGGUCUGGGCACCAUGGGCAGAGAGGAAGCAGUAAGGAAAACCAGCCUGACGUACCAAGUUGGUACCAAUAUCAUAUCUAUAUAAGUGGCAUCAUUGGAGCCCAGGAAGAAGCCCAGAUUAGGGAGGGGAUCAAAGGAGGUGUAGAGGGCAACAGAUUCCAUAUCAACCAUUAGCAAUUGGCCAUUUUUUAAAGUGACUAGACCCAUGUUGGCAAGUAUGAGGCACAGCAUGGGCAUGUUAGACACCACCACAGUCAGCCGGCUCCCAGGGGGUAUAGACAGAGGAAGCUGGGGAAGGGGUCUCGAGCACGCCCAUCUCUCAGCAUGCCUUUAAGGUGCCAAUUGGCAUAUCCCAGCCUAAGGCAGAGAAAAUCCAACUGAAAGCUGAGCCUGACAGUCCAGGACACUCAGGAAUCUCUCUCCCUCCAGCCUCAUGAAUGGCAGAACCUCCUAUUUCUUCCCACCCACCAGUCCCAAUCUGAGGCUAUCCUAUACUUCUCUAUUCAGCCAACAGGAGGAUGACCCCAAGUACCAGAGAACAAAGGAUUGUGCCAUGUUCAGGGGGUUGGCAGAGGGAGGAGUAGUGCCAACCCCUCCCCCCACACACAUACACUUAGAGCAUCUCUGACUGACAAUCCAAAAGUCCUAGAGGGUAGGGUUAUGACCCCCUCUGCUGCCACCCUAACUAUGAAUGUAAGGUCCACCCUUUGGGGCCAAAGUCUACCCAGGCCAGAUCCUUAAAGGGAGAGAGGGAGAGCCUGAGAUAUCUCUAGGAUACCUGCUGCCUUCCUUCACCUAGAACACGAGCUAGUCAGAUACACCCACAUCUUUUAGGAAUGGAAGGGGAUGGGGGACUGGAAGCCCAAGCACCCUUAGGGCUCUCACCCUCCCAACUCACACAGAAUGGCACCCGGAGCAGGAGGGAAGGGGAUGGGGGAGGGGUGGUUUGGGCCCUCAAUUCUCAUUUUCUCCUGCGUUACCAGGGUCCAGAGCAAACACAAUCGCUUUGGCUUCCUCUUUCGAAGCACCCAGCAGAGCUCUGCCUAUUCCUUCUGUCUCCUCUAUCUCUCCACCUUCCAUCCCAACAAAGCAGCUGUCCCUGAGUUCUCUGGACACACGUCCCUCCCAAAUGAGGUCUCUCCGGCUCAGAGCCCCUCUCCCCUACUUUCAUCACGCACAUGCCUUUCAGAAGGAAGAGCAAGCCUGUUUUAAACUCAGAAAUAGGAUUUCCUUUUCAUAGUCCCCUCUUCCCCAGAAGAGAAGGGGCGCCUUACCCCAACCCCAGCUAAGCUUGGGCCUGCAUGGCCCCACCAUACACUUAGGGGAUGGUAGGCUGCGUGUCAAGAGACGCAUGAACUGCUCUGCUGGCAUUCGGGGAGUGGGUCCCUCGCUGGAAGGGGAGGCGGGCCAGGAUGGAUCUGGGGGAAGGCUCGGCCACCCUCCUUCAACCUCUACGCUCUGCUGGAGAAGCCACAGAAGAAUGUUUACAUGCCAAACAGAAUGUAACAAUCCCCCAGCACCCACAGACACACAGACACACACCCCCUGCCUACAGUCAUUGCAUGGCCUCUGCCCCACCCGCCUGGCCCUGUCCUGCCCCUGGCCUUGGAACUCCAACGUGGCCCAAGCCCCCCAGCGCACCCUCCCACUCCCCCACCCCCAAGCCACUGUCAUAAUUAGAUCGGGUCUUGGAAGGGAAAUAGCCAUGCCAUUAAAGCCUGUUGACCUUUUA